UGGUGCGCCGCGGCUGCCGAGCCGAGCGGCGCCGCGCGGGGCCGAGUCGAGCCGAGCAGCCACCCGCGCCGCGUCGCCGGUUUAAGCGCAGUGCGGGGCCGCGGCCGGGGGCGGCGGUAGUGAGACCAGAGCUGCGCUCCAGCCCCCUUUUCCCUCCAUGGUUUCUCUCCGCUCCCGCGAGUAACUUGGCUCCGGGGGCUCCGCUCGCCUGCCCGCACGCUGCCCGCUACCCAGGACCGCGCCGUCGGCCUCUGCCUCGAGCAGACCCCUUCCGACGGCCCUCGCUGCGCAGGCUGGGACGCCUCUCCCCCCUCCGCCCCCGCCGCGGAAAGUUAAGUUUGAAGAGGGGGGAAGAGAGAGAAACAUGGACAUGAAGAGGAGGAUCCACCUGGAGCUGAGGAACCGGACCCCGGCAGCUGUUCGAGAACUUGUCCUGGACAAUUGCAAAUCAAAUGAUGGGAAAAUCGAGGGCUUAACAGCUGAAUUUGUGAACUUAGAGUUCCUCAGUUUAAUAAAUGUAGGCUUGAUUUCAGUUUCAAAUCUUCCCAAACUACCUAAAUUGAAAAAGCUUGAGCUCAGUGACAAUAGAAUCUGUGGAGGUCUGGAUAUGUUAGCAGAAAAACUUCCGAAUCUUACACAUCUAAACUUAAGUGGGAAUAAGCUGAAGGACAUCAGCACGCUGGAGCCGUUGAAAAAGUUGGAAUGUCUGAAGAGCCUGGAUCUGUUUAACUGUGAGGUUACUAACCUGAAUGACUACCGAGAGAGUGUCUUCAAGCUCCUGCCCCAGCUGACCUAUCUGGAUGGCUAUGACCGGGAGGACCGUGAAGCCCCAGACUCAGAUGCCGAGGUGGACGGUGUGGAUGAAGAAGAGGAUGAUGAGGAAGGAGAAGAUGAGGAUAAGGAGGAGGAUGAAGACGGCGAGGAAGAAGAGUUUGAUGAUGAAGAGGAUGACGAUGAAGAUGAAGAUGCAGAAGGGGAGGAGGACGAGGAUGAAGUCAGUGGGGAGGAAGAAGAGUUUGGACAAGACGGAGAAGUUGAUGAAGAUGACGAGGAUGAGGACGAAGACGAAGAUGAAGAUGAAGAAGAGGAAGAAAGCGGGAAAGGUGAAAAGAGGAAGAGAGAAACAGAUGAUGAAGGAGAAGAUGAUUAAUAAGACCCCAGUAACCUGCAAAAAAAAGAACUGUUCAGUAUUGGUUGGACUGCUGACAUGGAUUUGGUAGCUGUUUUUUUUUUUUUUUUUUUUUAAAGAAAAAAAAAAAAAAGGUAGCUGUGAUACAAACCCCAGGACACCCACCCACCCAAAGAGCCAAAGAAUAGUUCCUGUGACAUUCCACCUUCCUCCAUUUAGUCCCUCUUGGAAAUCCACCACCAAGCUUGGGGACUUCACCCCAACAAAAUUGUAAGCGUUGUUAGGUUUUUGUGUAAGACUUGCUGUAGCGUGGAUAGCUGUGAUUGGUGAGUCAACUGUCCGUGGCUACCAGUUACACCAAGAUUGUAACAGCAUUUUUACUUUCUGUACAACAAAGAAGCUUUGUAAAUAAAAUCUUAACAUUUUG